AUGACGGCUCUUGCAGCGAGCUCCGAAGGGACAGGAUUGAAUCCCAUGUCGUUCACGGAUCAGCAUGGAAGUGUAGUCCUUGAACGCAUGAGAUAUCAGCGGGAAACUGGUCGCUUCUGCGAUGUAUGUAUAGUCGUGAAAGACCGUCAGUUUUCUGCGCACCGCAACAUAUUGGCAUCGUGUAGUCCUUAUUUUGACUCAAUUCUGAAAUCUACAAAAGUAACGAAGGAGCAGGUCGUAGUAAAUUGUCAACAUCCGAAAGCUUUUGAAUUGCUUCUGAACUAUAUGUACAGUGGUUGCGUCGUCAUUGACCGUACUACCGUGGCGGAACUGCUUCGACUAGCUAACAAUUUUUUGGUCACCAAGCUCAAGAAUUACUGCGCUGAAUAUCUCGACAGAUAUUUGGAUGCUGCAAACUCAUUGUCGGUACGGCAACUUGCGACGAAGUAUAACCUCCCUUCUCUUCUGAAGGCAGCGUCAGAGUAUUUUGACGUCAAUAUCAAUCGGUGUCUUCUUGAGUCGGUGGACAUUCUAAAGUAUCCCAUGCAGCAGCUGCUCAAGAUAUUGGAGGACCCAAAGUAUCAAGACGUAAUCAGCCCUGAUGUGUACCUCAAACUAAUCGUACGCUGGGUCGGCGAAGAUGUGGCGAGUAGAGAAUCUUCGUUCCGUCCCUUGUUGGAACGAUGCCGCGUUGUUGACGUAUCUGAUAACGCUUUGGAAUUUGUCUUGGAUUACUCGCCUUUGUUGACCAAAAAUCAAAAUUGCCGUUACAUUCUUCUUGGCGCCAUGCACGCGAACGCCAUUCCUAUGCCCAAAUACGAACAACAAUUUCUUUCAUUAGCGCAACAAUUUGGGGGAGAAAGUGCUGCAGCUGCUUUGCUUGAAGCCAAUGUUGCUCUGGGUGCAGGAGAUGAGGAUUACGAAAAUGACUCUAGUUUUGACCAUAUGGAAGACGAGGAUGAUGACGAAACGCCAGUUGAGGGCCAUCCCAGCACAAGCACCAUACUCGAGACCACUUACACCGAAGACGGAGUUGAAAAACCGAGAGUUAGAUUGAAGAUCAAUCUGGGAGGUUUGCCUUUGGCGGACAUAAGUAAAAGGGGUAGAGGAAAAGUCAUACGAAAGCCCGCUUCUAAUGCUGUUGCGAGGAAGAGAGGGCGCCCUCCAAAAAGAACGGACGAAAACGAAAUCUUACCUAUGUUGGAUGACGACGAUGUUGAUGGUGUUUAUGCCACGUCUUCUCUGACUGGAGCUGUCACCUAUACUCAAGAAGAUGCCAUCGAUCCAGAAGAAGUGGAAGAUGGAGAGGAUGUACAUGUAGAAGGAGGACCACACGCAUGCAAAUUUUGCAAAUUUGCAACGACAUCGGCUGAGGAAGUGGAAAAACAUCGCGCUCGUCAGCACAAUCGUAACACCGGGUAUAUGUGCCAGCUGUGUGAUUUCGAAUGUAUCUGGAGUAAAUCGUUCUAUGAGCACUGCAAAGAGCACUGGGCUCAGCCUCCAUACAAUUGCGACCAAUGUCCAUUUGAAUCCAAGGAUAGUUUGCAUGAUCUGCUUGCUCAUCGCUUGUCACACACAUCUGAAAGGUUCUUCAAAUGUCUUGAAUGUGGCUUUCGAGCGAGAUCCCGCACGCAACUAUGGGCCCAUGAAAGAAUGCAUAGUAGCUUAGAUGAGCGACCGUUGCAUUGCGAAGAAUGUGGGCGAGGCUUUAAUACGCAUACCGCUUUGGAAAUGCACUUUUCUACUCAUGAUGAGCCAAGAUCCUUCAUCUGUGAAGAUUGCGGAUUUGCUACCGCUAACUCUGAUCACAUGACUACACAUCGAAGGCAGCAUACGGGAGACAUGUUCUACUGUCACAUUGAAGGAUGUGAUUACUCAUCACCAAAAAAAAGUCAGCUGGCUGCUCAUCUUCGGACACAUAUGGCUGUCAGAGCACACAUGUGUAAGAUCUGUGGCAGAGGUUUUAUCGAGAAGUCUCAUUUGGUUCGGCAUGAACGCAUUCACUUAGAGGAUAAGCCAUUCAAAUGUGAUGCAUGCGAUUACGCUUCAAGUCGUCGGGAUAAGCUUAAGUUAUGUUUCUCAUCUCUUUAUGCAUCGCUGUUAUAUUCUUGCAAAGUAGUGGAACACAUUCUCAAGCAUCACAAUGGAACGGCAGCGAACAAAUCUCAACGGCGUCGUUAUCGUCGUGCAAAACAACUGGCUGCGCUCGCUGCACAACUGCAAGAUCGAGCAGCACCCCCAGAAGCCAUGUUUCGUCCUAUACCGGCAAAUGAAUCGGUGUCACAAUGGGCAGAAUCGCAGACAUUCCAGGGCGAACAGCAGUACUCUCCACAAAACGCUCAGCAACAAAUUACGGCAACUAUCGCAGGACAAGCUGUUGCAGCUCAGCCAAUCGCAGGAUUUUCACCUUUACAACGACCGUACUCAGAAGCCAACCCUGCACCGCCUCAACGAGCACUUUCCCCUGGUUCAAUGUCGAUGAGAAAUGUGCAUCUGAGAGGUGCUGACUCGCCAUUGUUGCAGAAGAACAAUUUAGCGGGUCUGAAUGAUACUCCUUCACUGAUAACGCCGGUUCCGGUACCGAGAUCUCCCCAUAAUCGCUCUGAUCCUUUUGGUAUGAGCACACCUACGGACCUCAACCGGCCGAUGAGCUUGCCACCCUACGGUCAAAUGCAGCAACCACAGACUCAGCAACAGCAACAGCAGCAAAAUGGCCAAUCUCAACAACAAAAUUCUAGUCAGUGGAUGUGGUAGCAGCAUAUUUAUCAAGUUCUUUGCAUCUGAUCACUAAAUGUGAGAAUGUUGCUAUCAUUUGAAUGAAUCACCCUGCAAGGGUUCCAUCAAUCAUGCAUUGUUGUACAUAUUGACAAUUGAGACCCUUUCUUUUUCACUGAUGAAGGUUUUACC